UAGCAAUAUGUAGGACUGGCUGGGCCAUUCCUGUUUUUAAAUGUACUAUGUUCACACGUAUUUAAUGUAACUUGUUGCGAGAUGUAUUUUAAAUAGAAUAUAUGUUCUACAUAUUCAUUUUAAGGAAAACGAAGUUUUAAUUGGUAUAGAGUGUGCCUAUGUAUUGUAUAUAAAGCUGUGUUUUGUAUUAAGAGAUAAAAGGAUAUAGAAUGACCUGGAGAAAUAAAUUAUCCUGUUCAUUUACGCCGGUUACAAAAUGCACUAUAAUAGGAUUUUAUUCAAUUGUAAUUUCAUUGCUGUUGAUAAUGGCGUCAAUUGUAUAUUUAUGUGAGCAAGAACAAAAGAAGAUAGAAUUUUUGCAAAAAACACUUCACGGUAGUACGAACAAAAUAUGGAUAGACUUCGUAAUUGUGAUGACUUUAAUUUUGUCUUCGCUUUGGAUGAUCUUCUCGGGAACACUAAUCAUUGGCGUAGUAAAGAAUUACGUCGGCUUUGUGUUAUGCUACUUCGUCUAUGGGAUAUUUAUUGUGAUAGCAUUUAAUCUUGGUGCUCUUUUACUAUUGUUACACAUGCAUUGGAUUAUCGCCGUAACCGAGAUUAUAAUGUCACUGUUUUACGUCAGGAUGCUGGUAAUAAUUUAUGACGUCUAUGAUUUAAUGCAGCGGGGUAAAGUCAUCAAUACUAACGAACAAAGUUUGCUGGACGAAGAGCCGAUAUAGAGGACUGCUACCAAAAACUUACAAUCUUUAUCAAAAGAUUUAAUGAACACGUAACGAAAUUUUGUUAAAAUUAUGACAAUAAUAUCUUUAAAUUAAAUUCGUGACUAUAUAUGUACUAUAGAUCAUAAGACAGAUGUAAUGCAUUUUCCUCUCAUUUGGGCCGUUGUGUGUAUGAGUAGUGGCUAGUACAGCCAGCCCAGCUCCGCCCAGAAACACAGAAGCUUUCUGAGAUCUAGAUAGGCCUCACGAAGCGAUCACACCGUUCCGAGGAUUUCUAAAUAUUGAGGGGCCACAGCAGGUCAUAAGACAGUCUUAUAGUCGAGUCAAAAAUUUUAUAUCAUUAUCAGUCGUCAACCGUUCAUUGUUGAACAUAAGCUUUCCCCAUAAGGGGAGUUUUGCCUGUAGUUGCCACGCUUGGCAGGCGGAUAGGCAACCGCAGUUAGGCUUUGGAGAUGUUUUAAGAGGGAUGUUGCUACCCAUCCUUCGCCCUUCCUUAGUCGGCUCUUACGAUAUCCACGGGAAAGAGGGGGGGGGGGUCCUCCCGCCUUCGAUAAAAUUCUUCCAGGUUGGUCCUUUCGAGAGUUGGCAACCCUAUAUGUAAACUACGCAUUUUCAAUUGAAGCAUUUUAAAAAUCCAAAGAUUUUAUUUUAAGCUAAUGAAAUCCUCUUUUCUUUUCGAAACUUUUUCGAAAACUUCGUAGGUUAUGAUAAAUAUAAAUACUAAUAAUAAUAAUAUCAGAGGGAGACUUUGUAUAAAAGUCGUUUGGGCACCUCUGUCCCAUUCGUGUUUCUAUCGUGAAACAGUUGUGUUUGUAUGGCUAUGUUUCGGUUUGAAGAAUGGGAUAUGGCAAUCAAUUUACAAUGUACAGUUACCUAACACCUGAGUCUUCAGGAAUAGCAACGCAUGCAGGGUAUCAUGGGCGAAACAGUAUACUCUGUUAUGUCCAUAGUACUGCUCAUGUUUAUAGGUGAUAGUUACCACUAUCCGUCAGGCGGGCCGUUAGCUUGUUUACCAUUCUAAGUUGCAUAAAAAAAGUAUCUAUAUACUAAGUUAAUCUGAAAGGUUAAUGCGAAAUCACGAAAACUAUUUACUUGAAUUACUCCUAAUGAUAAUGAACAGGAUAAAUCAUUUUAUUGUAAGUAUAGAUUAGUUAUUAAAUGUAAACAUUAAAUAAUGCAUAAUUGAAAAGAAAAAUUCUACAUUGCAAGAAGUAUUUCGAAUUAAAACUCUGUCAUCUGUAUUUCUUAUAAAUUAUUUUAAACCUUUUUUACAUAUCUGGUUAAUCAAUACUGUUGUAAGAAAUAAAUUACAAUAAAAGUAGAUAUACCAUAAUCUACAAUUCCUGUUGCAUUUCAAUGAGAAUAAACAAUAUUCAAUAUAAAACACACUAUUGCCACCUAAAAUGUAAAGUUGUUGUAGACUUUUUAACGAUUUUUUAUAAUCAUAUCAGCUUUUAACGGUCCAUUGCUGUCUUGCCACGGUCUUCCCACGCUUGGCAGGCGGAUCGGCAAUCGCAGUUAAACUUUAGAGAUGUUUUAAGAGGGACGCUGCUGCCCAUCCUUCACCCUCCCUUAGUCGGCUCUUACGACACCUUCGGGAAAAGAAGGAGUGGUCUACUCUAUGCCGGGACCACACGGCAUUUUAUUAUCUAAUAAUUAUAGCGUACUUAAGUAUUAUUAAUUUUUAUUUCUAUUGAGGCCAUAAAUAAUGUAAUAAAUCUAUUUUGUAAUCAAUACUCCGAUAUAGUCGAUAAUCAGAAAUUAAAUGUUAAUUGUACUGUUGAUUUUAUAACAAUUACGUUAAUCAGUUUUGUUGUUUCAUUACUUAUAGUUAUAAUCGAUACUCUUAAUAACAUUGCAUUGAUUAUUUAUCGAUAAUUGUAAUUGAUUUAACUAGGUAAAACUUUAUUUUUUAUUUAAUAUAUUCGCGCGUUAACUGUCCACUGCUGAACAUUAUUUUGCCGUAGUAAUUUAACAGAUAAACACGUUACAUUAUUAACAUUGUCUAUAAAUAUAAGUGAGUGCAUACUGGAUGAAAAAAUUAACUUUCCUACAACUCGAUCUAACGGGAUUGUAACUCACAUAUCUCUACCCGGCCCGACUCGAUAAUUUAUAUUUCCAGUUUGUUACACCUGAUUGGAUAGAUACUAUUUACCAUAUUCAGAUAAUUUUUUUCCAUCUAGUAUAUUUUAAGACUCCCAAAUUCAGAAUUAGCGUUUAAUAAAAUUAAUAUAGACAUAUAAUAAGUAUCAUAAGACACCAAAGAUAUGUUUGUUUAAAUUUGACGGUAAUUAAGAAUCUUUUUGUAAUAAUAAAAACUGCUUCAAUUAUAUAAAUACAUUUUUAUUUAUGGAGAUAACGGUAGAGACCGCCCUAGAUGGGCGUCUGCAUUAUACCCUGUCAGAUCGACUUCUACGUAGUCCCCACUGGAAACCAUCGUGCUGAAUUCCAAGUGUAUUUAUCACAAUGGACUAACUGACUUGCCUUUUCAUUCUCACCUGUCAUCCCUCGCUGGUGCAUCGCCAUCGGAUACCGUUAUCACAAGCGGGGUUACUCAUUCUAUUAUCAUCCAUUAAAUAAAAAAAAAGACGGAAGUAAGUCGACUAAAUAGGGCCAAAUAGGCCAAUUUAAAAGUACCUGUAACUAGCGAGUGUGUAUGAAUAAAUUGAUAAAUGCGAAUAAAGGAAAAGGGAUUUGAAUUUGAUUA